AUGACUCCUUCACCAAGAAAAAAUGAUUCACACAUAGUGUCUGAUGAAACAGAGAUAUCUACCCAAGAAAAUAAGCAUCUCACCAGAGAAGAAAGACUUGGCAAGCACAAUACGCAGUGUGAAAAUUUGAUCGAGUAUUUGGUAUCUAACAAAUGCCCAGAAGGCUUGACAAAAAAUGAAGCUCGGAAUCUCAGAAACCAAGCUAAGACUCAUCUGUGGGAUUCGACUAGUAAGUACUGUAAUGUGCCAAAGUCUAUACAUUAUACUAAUUAGUAUAUAAUUACUAAAUAUUAUGCCAUGUAAUGACAUUUCUAAUUUAACCCAUUAAGCGCCAGCGCUCUCCCCUUGACGAGUAAAAUCGUCUGGCGUUAGACAGAGUAAAAUACUAAAGUAGGGCGCAUCGGGGUGCAAUGUGACUCAAUGGGUUAACUAGACACAUGGGCAGAUAGGCCAGUUAACCCAUUAAGUGCCAGCGCUUUCCCCUUGACGAGUAAAAUCGUCUGGCGUUAGACAGAGUAAAAUACUAAAGUAGGGCGCAUCGGGGUGCAAUGCGACUCAAUGGGUUAACUGGUGUUUGCCUAGGCCAUGUAUUAUUUUAUCACAUCACUACAAUUCGGUUAGAAAGCACAGAAAUUCAUGGCCUUUACUUACUAAUGCCAUAUGAAAUCAAAUUAUUCAAGGCACCACCAGUAAAAAUGGAAAUAGCCCAUAUUACUAUUUUUGCAUACAGUACCUGGGGGAGCAUACAGUACCCCUGGACCCCUAGGAAGGCCUUCAAGUCGUUAGAAAGCCAAUAAUUCGAACCGAUCUGACCGCGUAGCUCAGUUGGCAGAGCGUUGGGCUAGUAAUCCAAAGGUCGUAGAUAAAGAACAUAAUAAAGCGUGGGACAGAGCAUAAUUAUAACAAAGUGGGGAGCAUUGCAGCAUAAUCAAUGGCUUAAUAAUAUUUUAAUCUGCAAGUAUAAAGUAACUUAUUCCUUUUAUAAACUUAUAUUUUAGAACAGGAAUUAUUCUAUGUUGGUAUAAAAAAAAAUGUAAAAAAGAAAGUGGUCACUGAACUUAAAGAAAUGCAAGAUAUCCUUUAUCAGUAUCAUUCAAAUCCUAUGGGAGGACAUAGUGGUAUCAACAACACUCUUUCAAAAAUUUCCAAUUUUUAUAUGUGGAAUGGUAUGAAAGAGGAUGUGGUUGAGUAUGUAAGUAUAAUAAAGCAAAAUAAUUAUCUUCAACUAGCACAAGAUGAAUCGUUCACAGAUUCAGGUAAAAAUCUUAGUUUGAAGUCACUUGAUCUAUAACAUUCUUACCGUCACAUUAUUUUUACCUCAAUUUAGUGUAAGUCAUGUGAUCGUUGUCAGCGAUAUGAAAAAUUAAAGACAAUGGCCCCUGAGCUUCAAAGUAUUAAAGUUAAUAAGGCUAUGGAAUUGGUUGGAAUGGAUCUCAUUGGUGUGUAACCAUGUUAUUGUAUAAUUUUAUCAAUCACCUGGUGUCAUUAAUUUAAAAUUACAAAAUUUAAGUUUCUCUGCACAGUUUGCUAACUUGUACCUUUUUUGUUUGUUCUAUAUUUUACAGGUCCACUCCCAACCACAACAGCUGGUUAUAAAUAUGUUCUGACGUUUACAGACUACUAUACAAAGUUUGUGGAUUUUUAUCCUCUGAAAGACAAAACUGCAGGAGGUGUUGCUCAUGGCAUUAAAACCUUUGUUUGCAGGUAAACAAAGUAAUUGAAUUUAUCUUUGAAGUAAAUAAGUGUGAUUUGUUGUGUUCUGGAUAGUUUGUAUACCAGAUCUCUAAUCUUGAACAGUGCGUUUUAAUGCAUUUUUGUUUUUAUCUACAAGAUGGGGAGCCCCAUGUAGAUUGCUAUCUGAUCAAGGGCGGGAGUUUGUUGCGAAGGUAAUUUAUAAUUUGGUUUACCACUUUACCAUUUCAAAUUCAAUAUAUCCGAUUCUAAGUUUACUAUGACAACCCUAGCAUCCCUCUCUUUGAUGCAUAAAGCCAUCUGGAGUUAAAAAGAGUGAACAAAAAAGUAGAUAAUUUAUUGAAACUAUUGCUGUGAUUUUCACAGGUGAACACAGAGAUCUGUAGGCAGUUGGGAAUUUCUCGUUCGGUCACCAGUGCAUACCAUCCACAAACCAAUGGACUUGAUGAGCGCACAAACCAAACACUAAAGGUGCGACUAGCAAAACUUAUCAAUGAACACCAAGAUAACUGGGAUGACUAUUUAGAAGAAAUAGCUUUCUCAAUUCGUACCCAAAAGCAAGGUUCGACAAAGUAUAGUCCCUUCUUCCUGAUGUUUGGACGGCAUGCAAGGACUCCAAUGGAGGUAAGUACAAAAUGCAGUGUACAUAAACCAAGCAAAAUGAUAAUCACUGCUUCAAUUCAUAAAAAUUCGUUUCUUUUAAUUAAAGAUGGAAGACCCUUUAGACGAGGAAGAUAUCAAGCCAGAAGAUCCAUCUGCAGAAGAGUUUGAGGAGAUGGUUGCAGAAAGGGCUGAUAUGAUGAAGAAUGUUGGAAAGAAGGUAACGUUUUCAGGUUAUCCCACAAAUCAACCAAUGUAAUUUGUUAUCUCAUUCAUAGCAGCCAAUGAAACUUGUUAUCUCAUUUGAUUUUCCCGGAGUCAUGCCAAACCUAACGUGCGAAUGUGUAUACUCUGGUUUCAACAUUGGGAUGGUGUCCACUUACAAGCAGGCUUUUAGCCAGAAGGGCGUUCUGGGACGCCCCUAGAACGAAAAAUGGACACCUUUGGAUGCCCAAGUUCUGGGAAAAAGGGAAAUUAUUUUCAAUAAUUUCCCUAAGUAUAUUAAUAUAUCUGAAACGAAAUAGCUUUAAUUCUCAUUAUUAUUAUACAUUUGACAUUUUGAUCAAUUUGAUUGUGUACCUUGGCUGAAUGAAAAUGUCGUAGUUAAGUAAAGAAGCAUAGCGGCACAAACUCACAAAGCCAAGUGUGUUUGAAAAAUUUCGAACAAGCUUGCAACAGAUACUGACAUGAAGUAACACAAACUUCAAAGGUUUUCCAGAGGAACGUUUUCUCGAAACCACCGCCCCCCCCCAUCUUUACUGUAGAUGUUUCUUUAUACCAAAAUUGGACGCCCUCUUAGGACCAAGAGGCGUCCACAAGGACUGACUGCAGCAUGUUUUGUUGCUAAAUGUUCCUUUUUCAUACUAUUAGGUAAAAGAGAAUGUUGAUAAGGCCCAAGCAAAGCAAAAGGAAGAAUAUGCAAAAAAGAAAAACAAGGGUGUGAAGGUUUUUAAUCUUUCAGUGGGAGAUGUUGUCCUUCGAAAAUGCAUGAAAAACACUGGACGAAAAGGUGGCAAGUUGGAUGCUCUAUGGACUGGUCCUUACAGGUAUUAAGUAAAACAGUGAAACAGUUACAGUAAGUCUCCCACAAGACAAAAUGAUACUGCCUGGUUUUUUGGGAAGGGGGGAAACAAAGAUAAAGGACCUGGCUUGUGAACCCAUAGAAUGAUACUGUUCGCAAGAAACAGAUCAGACACCUUCUAUGCAAAGUCAUUUGAAUAUAUUAUUUUAUUUAGGAUUGUUGAAAUCGAUAACCACCAAAGGAUCCAACUGGCCCAUAUCAAAAGCGGGGAAACGUUAAAAGUGAAAGUCGCAUAUGAUCAAAUCCGUCCACAUGUUACAAGUGAUCUUCAUAAACCGGUGGUGCCUGAAGUAUCUAUUAAUCCUGACCCAAGCAGCUGCACAGAUAUAACAGACAAUGAUGUUCCCAGCAAUCAGUCUGUUCCUUGUCCGAUAAAGAAUUCCCAAGACAGUCCCACGUCUGCUGUUAAGUCUUUAAAGGAACAUGAAACCAGUGCUACCAACAUUCCCAACAAAAUUGAUGAAGACAUAAAAAUUGUGGGAUAUACAAAAGCUAGAAAGAGGAAAGUUGGGCCAGUGCCUGUCAAAAAAGCAAACCUGAUGAAGAACAAUACACAACUUCUCCCAGACAUUCAGAAUGGUGAAUGGUUAUCAGAUGAACAUAUUGACCAUGCACAGGCCAUGCUUGCAAAACAAUUCCCUGAUAUUGGUGGCUUGCAGGCUGUCUGCGUAUUUGCUCCCGAAGGUUGUCAACGAGUUGGAACACCUGAGCAGAGUUUUGUCCAAGUUUUAAAUGUUGGUGGUAACCAUUGGAUAAUAAUUAGUAAUGUCGGCUGCCCAAAGGACUCAGUUGUCAUCUAUGACUCUUUGUACGAUAACAUUAAUGCCUCGUGUAAGCAAAAAGUUUUGAGACAAAUUGCCUACAUGCUUAUGCCUGUGUCUAAACACAUGACGUUAUUGUGGGCAGACAUGCAGAAGCAAGAAGGGACAUCCGACUGUGGCUUGUUUGCCCUUGCAGUUGCAACCAGUCUGUGCUGUGGUGGCUUACCGCAAGAUUGUGAUUGGCAGCAAGAGGAAAUGCGUGGACAUCUGGUGAAGUGCAUUGAAGCUGGUGUGAUAUCGUCUUUCCCAAUGUCUAACACUAGUCGAAAUCACCAACUUUACCACAGCAGCGAAGAGAUUGACAUAUAUUGCCAUUGCAGACAACCAUACAGAGAGAACAUUUUUAUGGUUCAGUGUGACAAGUGCCUGGACUGGUUUCAUCGUGGUUGUGAAAGAGUGCCAAGAGUUGUUAAAAAGAAUACAUGUUUCUUUUGUAAAAACUGUAAAUAG